AUGUUGUCGACAACAAGACUUUGCAAGCUGCUUAUUGCUUGUGUGCUGUUAGCGAAAUUAAGUGCUGCAGUCCCUAAAAAGUACGAAACACAAAGUGACGGCGAAAGUACGACAACGACAGACAUCGCAAGCACAGUGACAGAUUACCAAAAAGAAACAAAAAAUAACGCUACACUUCCGUGUAUGUCAAAUUGUGGCGAAUGGCGUGUUCUUCAAUAUCCCGAAUUCAUUCACACGAAUUAUCACGAGUCACAAUCCAAUGAGAGAAGCAGACAAAAUACUCCCUAUAGUAGUAGUAGUUAUAACAAAAAUCAGACAAAUGACUAUUUUAGACGACAAUCUGACACUCAAGACAAUCAUUUUAGCGCAGAUGAUCGUUACUUAAACGACAUCAAUCAUCAUACAAUCCAAUUUCCUCCAAAUCAGGCGCACGCCAGUUUUGUUUCCAGCACUUAUCCUGAUAAUCCAUGGAGACGAAGCUUCCAAAAAGAUAAAUUUAAUGAAACAAAUGCUGCUUACAGCGAUAAUGCGAGCGAUCGUACUCAACGACUCGGAUAUUCGACGGGACUUGGAGCGGGAUACGGAACUGCUGGAUAUGGCGGAGUUAGUAACGGAUAUGGAUAUUCAGGCGCCGGCAUUGGACCAUACGGAGGAUAUGGAAAAGUUGAUUUGGGCGGCGUUGUUUUAGGAGCAAUUAUUGGCGUUGGAGCUCUUCUUAUCAUCCCCAAAUUUAUUGCAGCUUUCCAUGGCGGAGCAUAUGGAGGCACAGGAUACGGAAGUUACAGAAAUAUCGAUGAAUUUGGCGGCGUUACUGAUAUGAUGUCGAAAUUCGAUGAAUUCCUCGCGAAAAAUAAUGUCGAUUCGACGGCUUGCGUGCAAAAAGCUGUUUGCCAUUACAUUCGUAACAGCAGUGCAAAUGCGAAUCAAGGAGCAUCAAAUCAAUUUGAAGAAAUGGCAUUGUCUUUAGCUGAUAAUUCAAUUGUUGACUACAUGAUCGAUGGUACGGCGAUCAAAGAAGCUCUUACGAACGGGCGAAAUGGCGAUGGGCGUGAUUGUGAUGCAAUUUACUCCAAUUGUCCGUUAGAUCGAGACAGUGCGAUUGGAUUGCUGAAGAAAUUUCUGCCCUUUCAGACAAAAUAG